AUGUCUGCCUUCCUGGACAGCCUGAAAUGGGACAACAGCGGGCUGGUGGUGGCCAUUGCGCAGCAUGUCGACACCGGGGAGGUGCUGAUGCAGGCAUUUUCCGACCGCGCCGCUGUCAGCGAGACGCUCCAGACCGGCAGGCUGGCUACAUUCUACAGCCGUUCCCGCAGCGGGCGGUGGUGCAAGGGGGAGACAUCGGGACACUACAUCAAGGCCAGUGCUCGCCGAGCUGGAUGCUGCAUGUACAUGGACUGCGACCGCGACUCGCUGGUCUACUUGGCAGAGCCCAUCGGGCCUGCCUGCCACACCAAUGCGCCCACAUGCUUCUUUACGCAACUAGAUGCCAGCGGUGGGGAGGUGCGGCAGGCAGGAGACCACCACUCGCGGGAACACGCACCCAUGAUCACGCUUUAUGCAUUGGAGCGCACAAUUGCACAGCGGCGGGCAGAGACGGAGGCAGGCACAAAUGCAGGCAUCAAACCAUCCUGGACCGCCAAGCUGCUGGCAAACCCAGAACUGCUGUGCAAGAAGGUGCGGGAGGAGGCAGCGGAGCUCUGUCAGACGCUGGAGGAGAGCGAGGGCAAGGAACGGGCGGCCAGCGAAGCGGCAGACCUCAUCUACCACGCCAUGGUGCUGCUCAAUGCACAGGGCGUGAGCUUGGAGGAUGUGAGCAAGGUGCUGCGGUCACGGUUUGGCACCUCGGGGGUCGAGGAGAAGGCGUCCCGUCCACCAAACCCGCAGACUUAG